CUUUGUGGACGCAUCAAACUCAGCUGUGGCUCAGAGGAAACUCUUCCUCACUACGGGGAACUCUGAGCCUUUACUGGGGAAAUGUCUGUUCUUCCUGAGAACCACUGAGAAGGCCAUAACCACCGCUAACGUGCAGCAGGAAGUGAACUUUGGCGUGUUGGACUGCAGCGGCGCCGGCGGCGUCCUGAACAGUCUGGAAACUCUGCUGACUCACAUCAUGUUACCUGCUCUCAGGUCGCAGCAGACCAGGAUGCUGGAGCACAUUCCCAGUCUGAUGAACGGCAUCAAGAUGAUCCACGUGGUGUCCCAGUACUACAACACCUCAGAGAGGACGAGCUCACUGCUGCUCAAGGUCACCAACCAGAUGAUCAGCACCUGCAGGAGCUACCUGCUGCAGGGCGUGAGGCGAGUCUGGGAGCACAGCAGGCCGGUGCUGCUGCAGAGAAUCUCUGACUGCUGUAACCUGAAUGCUGUGUAUCAGCGAAGCUUCCACAGCGUCAGAGACAAACUGAGAGGAAACCCUGAGAACAGACAGUUUGACUUCAGUGAGAACUACAUCUUCGGGAAGUUUGACUCUUUCUGCCGCCGUCUGGAGAAGAUGGCCGACAUGGCGUCCACGCUGGAGAGCCUGGCUGCUCUGCAGAGCAUGAAGGUGGAGGGCGUGGAGAAGAUCUGUGUUCGCUACCAGACCAUCGUCUCCACAACUGAGUCCAAGACCUGUGACGUCCUGGAUCAGCGCAAACUGGAGUUUGACAGAGACUAUGCAGACUUCCAGCUCCAGGUUCAGAGUGUGUUCCAGUGUCUUCGGUCUCUGCUGGACGACUGGUUCAGCCGGCCUGUCUCUACGCAGAGAUUGCUGGAGCUGUUGGCCAUGUUUGAGUCGGGUCCGCUGGCUCGCUUGGACCUGAGGCAGUACUACCUGCUGCUGCUGCAGCGCUACAGCCGAGAUCUGGAGCUGCUGAGGAAGACCUACCAGAAACACAAGGACCGGCCGCCCAUCGGACGCAACCUGCUGCCGGGUCCUUUGGAGCCGCCAGCUCUUCAGGAAGGUUGA